ACGGGUGCAUAUUAUAUGAGGCCGAUCCGAAUCUAUCCACCCACGUGAGUACGUUACACGAAAAACGACAAACGAUGUGAACGCAACCAUGAAACAGAUUCGAACAUUUCGAACACCGUUAUUGGAGAGGGGAGAGCACGAGGACAGGUCGUCGGUCAUUCUGGAUUUCUUCGUGGACUUCUCCGGAAGGAUUCCACGACACGUGAUCCCGGUCCCUAUCGUCGCAUGAAAAAGCAAGAGGGUCACCGGACAAAGAGGGCUCCAAGUGACCCGUAGCCAUAGUGUACAUCACGUUUUCGAAUGAAGUCACGUUUAAAUCACGUUUCGGCGGCUGAUAAGCCUGGAAAUUUUUUCUUUUGCGUGAGCAUGCCGCGAUAUGCAGGGUGACCCCGUUGACCCCGAGAGUGGUGAAAUGAAGAUAAAGGGGGACGUAAGUACAGUCGACCGCACGUUUCAAACGUGAGUUGGUGUCGCGUCGCCGUCGGAGACGGGCCUCACUAAAAAAUUUAUCCCGUGUUCGAAAAGUAAAAAUUAGUCGUUACCGUGAAUCAGCUAGUUGAUGAAAAUUGAGUAGACUGCAUGAAUGAUUGGAGCACUCUGAGAAUUCUUUGUAAACGUAAUUUCGAAAAUAAUUUGGAGCUUAAUUCCGAGACGUACGUUUGAAGAUCAACAAUAGUGGGUGUAUACAUUUCACAUUAAACCAGUGAAUAUUAAUUGAUUUACCAUGGAAGUUCUGGGAGCUGUAAGUAUUUCAAAUAUCCUACAUACUUAAAAAUAUAAUUUUUUAUAUGUAGAGUUAAAAAGUAAAAUACAGUUUUAUUACAUCAGUGAUAGCAGGACUAAUAAAUUUGUUAGUUUCAAUUAUCGCGAGACUAUCAAGAAAUCCAAAAUGUGCUUCAUUUUUUAAUAAGUCUUUGCAUACCAGAAACUUUUGGCAAAUCAUUAUAGUGACUCUUCACACGUAAUAAAAGUAGCUACAAUAGUAUUUUACUUUGCAGCAAAAUCAUUCAGGAAUAUAAUCGUAUUUAAAAUUAUUAACAAAUCAUUAGAAAUGAAAUGUAGAACCGCCAAAUUUGUCCAUAAAACUGACUCUUUUUCGGAAUCACCCUAUAUAAUAAUUCGUAUUGCGAAAGAUUCACUAUCGGCGCCUGGUAGGCCUCCCGCGAAGAAGAAAACCGACAAACAAGAGCAAUGAGGCGACUGAUAAAUCACGAAUCACUAUUAAUACACCAUAAUCUCCGUUGACGACAAAUUUACGUAAAGCAUUCAUCAAUCUGUCGAAAUUGUUUUCGCCCUUAUCUGCUAGAAAAAGAAGACCGACCAAGACCUCCCCCGCGGCGCGCUCAAUGUUAACGAAACGGAACAAAACGCAAGAGCAAGUCACGCGAUGUUAAUGAAGAAAUACGCGCGCGCGUAAUUAGUCUAUCGGCUCGCCGCGAAAAAUAUCUAUUUGCCACGACCCGAUAACCCCGUGCUCGCUCGUUACAGCGUUAUAACGAUAACGUUUAAUGUGCUCGUGUGCUCGGCCGAGAUCUUAAGCUCGCACGUGAGCUGACUCGUGUGACGAGAUAGUUCACGAUAUUGUUCAUAAUAAUUUGCGCGCAGACGAGUUCAAAGGUCAUCGCGAUAAUCGGAUAUUUGUGUCGGAUACUCGUCUGGGAUCCAGAGGAUCCCACGACUCGUUUUCGAACGUGAUAUUUCUGCUGAAGAGAAAAGAGAAAUUCAACUCCAUGUACCUGGAGUCAAUUCAAGUCGCGAAUGAUCUCGUGAAGUUCUCGAGAGCGCUUUUCUUAUUUUUUUUUUCCCCGAUCUUUUUGCAGUAUCCGAUCCUGAAGUCUUUCCUGGCUGGCUCGUUCUCCGGGACGUUCUCCACGAUUCUUUUCCAGCCGCUGGACCUGGUGAAAACCAGACUUCAGAGUCGAGUUAAUGCCUCUAAUAUCGGAUCACCAAGAAACGGUAUGUUGGGCACGGUGGCGCACAUCGUUCAGAAAGAGAACGUCUUCGGACUCUGGAAAGGCAUGACACCGUCGAUAACCAGAGUGAUUCCUGGCGUGGGCUUGUACUUCUCGUCGCUGCACUGGCUGAAGCACGCGUUCAAUCUGGAGGAGCCGCUGACAGCCAUGCAAGCAAUCUCGCUAGGCAUCACUGCGCGGUCCAUGUCUGGCGCUCUGCUGAUUCCCAUCACCGUCGUGAAGACACGAUUUGAGAGCGGUGUUUACAAGUACAACAGCAUCGGUGAGGCCCUUCGCCUGAUUUACAAGCAGGAAGGGGUGAAAGGUUUAUCAAGCGGACUAGUGCCUACUCUCCUGCGAGACGCGCCUUACAGUGGCUUAUACCUCAUGUUCUACACUCAACUAAAAAACGCUACUGCCAGUACAGGAACGGCUGAGGCGCCGGUUCAUUUCAGCUGCGGGAUUCUCGCUGGAAUUCUGGCUUCCAUAGUAACGCAACCACCGGACGUAAUCAAGACAAAAAUGCAGUUAUAUCCGAACGAAUUUAACAGCAUUUACCAAGCGACGUUUUUCGUCUACAAAAAGUACGGUGUACUAGGAUAUUUCAAGGGCAUCGUUCCCAGGAUGCUGAGGCGGACCCUGAUGACUACUAUGGCGUGGACCGUGUACGAACAGCUAACGAGGCAAAUCGGCCUGAAGUGAACUAUCGCUGUAUCAAAGUUUGUACGAAGUUUUGUACGAAGACGUGCCGUGUACAGUAUUAACGCAAGAAUGUGUGUAUUAUUAACGCCUCGCAUAUAUUUAUUUAAUAAAUUAUAUAUUUUUGCAAGA